AUGGCAUCCUUUGAGAUGGCGGCAUCUCAUCCCGAAGACACGAUCGACGCCAAGUGCGCCAUCGACGACUCAGUUGACGAAGAUGAAGAGAUGGUCGAGAUUCGGAGGAUUCAGUCCGCAGAACACAAGCGGCAACGAAAAGACUCUACCGCCCUACGCGUCCAGUCGAUCGUGCCAUUUCACUUCAGUCCGUUGUUCCUCCCGCUCACCGUGUCGAGCGUCAGCUCGUGCCAGGCUCUGGAGGAUGCCGCGUUUACGAAUCCGAAUCACCGAUGCCAUCCCGAACAGUUCCAAUACCGUCUUUCCCAAUGCUCAGACAUCUGCUUCGGCCUCUUCUGCAGCGUCAAGCCAUCUGAGGCAAAAGACUUUGGUCUGGAAACCCUCGCGACGGCAAAUCCCGUCGAGACGAACAGAGAGGACGGCGAGGUCCUCGUCCUCUGUGCCCAUGCCGUCGCAACCAUGGGCAAGAGCCCCGUCGUGACUGAUGACGACCUGAGAUGCCCGCAGAACUGGCGUGAUGCCGAUGCAGCCAAGUCAGCCAAGGUCGGACACCAGCAAGAUGGCAGGACCGUCUGUCUGCAUUCGCUUGCUGUUUCCCCGAAACUGCACGGCACUGGCAUAGGCAAAAUUACGUUGACCUCGUAUAUCCAGAUCAUAAACGACUCGGGCGUUGCUGACCGGAUCGCCUUGAUCUGCGAGGAUCAUCUCGUGGGGUUUUACAAGAAGUUCGGGUUCAGGGAACUGGGCGCGAGUCAAGUGACCUUCGGAGGCGGCGGCUGGUACGAUAUGGUUCUCGACCUUGAUGGCCCCGCUCAGAAGGGCUGA